CUCACCCUGCUAUUAUUCAGCAGCGGGGCCGUGUCUCUCCCGCAUCAAGAUAGCAGGAAUGAUUUAAUGCACAGCAGACUUCCCAGCUCGACGUCGGCAGCACCCACUUCGACAUCUGCCACAUCUUCAUCCACACCGUCAUCUACGGCUGUACCAACUCCCUACAUCAUCCUCACUUCGCAAAACUCCACAAAGGAAGAGAUACAAGAUCUCAACAGCACACUCUCAAGAGAUGCUACUCCCAGGUCACUGAGGGAGGUCAUUAGUGACCGCACCGGCUUAGUCGCCAUGUUCAAGGCGAACAUCACCACUGAGCAAGCUGACACUAUGUCAAAGCGUCCUGGUGUUGCCGGAGUUACUCCCGACGAGAGGUUGGAAGAAGAGCAACCGCCGUCGUCUUCUGCCCCGCCCCCAUCCGCUUCGCGCCAACCAACGGCCACUGGUUCACCCGGCGCGCCACAGACAAGUGUUCCUAACCCGUCUGACAUUGCGCUUCAAUCGGAUGCAGUGGAUGAACUCAAAGCAAUUUCGCAGCCAUCUGGAGCAAACAUUGCGGACUUGCCUGGGUUCGGAUAUGCUUCAGAAGCUGGAAAGGGAGUCACGAUCUAUGUCAUUGACACCGGCGCCAAUGCCGAGAACUCGGAAUGGACGGGCAUGACAGGAACUAAGGGCUUCAUGUAUGCCCCCGGCGCGACAAAAGACGAGACCGACUUUUUGAACCACGGUUCGUGCGUGGCCUCGAAGGCAGCCGGACCUGCAUACGGUACUGCAAAGGGGGCUGACUUGAUUGCGGUCAAACUCCCGGGAACCCUUUCGCUUUCCGCUAUCUUCACUGCUUUGAUUGAGAUCAGCAACGAUGUUUUUCAGAAGAAGCUGGAAGGCAAAGCUGUCAUAAACAUGUCGCUAGGGUCACGCAUUCCCGACAAGUUAUCGUCUACCACUACAGCAUACAAGCUACUUCUUGUCGCUCUUAUGGCAGAAGACAUCGUCAUCGUUACGGCUUCUGGAAACGAUGCUCAAUACGGCGUCGAUGAUGUAACGGAGUACCCUGCCCUCUUCGGACCUACCACAGACAUCAUCGUCGUGGGCGCAACUGAGAAUGACGGCUAUCGCGCAUUCUUCUCGCAAGGCACUGGUGAUCAACUGACUGUUUCCGCCCCCGGCUUUGUCGAUUGUGCCUCUGGCAGCUCUGCCGGCUCACAAGAGCUUUACGGAACCUCCUUCGCCGCACCUGCAGUGGCUGGCGUGAUCGCAGUCUGGCUGUCUCAAGAUGAGCACAAGGCCCGUCUUCAGGUUCCAGGCUCAGUCGCCACAAACGUCAAGGAGAUGGUCAAGUCAUUGGCAUACUCGAGAGUCGAAGGAGAGCCUGCCGUCAUCUGGAACGGCAUUAACCCUCGCGGUCUGGCAUGCUCUGCUUCUGAAGCGCCGACUUCGACCUCUCGUCCUGCUCCAACGUCGGCUGCGCCCUCGUCAUCGGCAUCUGCACAGCCAUCACCGCCUCCAAAGCCGACGUGGAGUGAUGCUCCCCAGGGCUUUACUAAGGUUUUGGAGCGGGAUGGAGUCGCCAGUGCCGACUAUGAUGCCACUUCUGAUAGUGCAAGUGAAGGAGUGACGAGCGGCAUAGAGCAGUGGUGUCUCUCCAAGUGCACUGAUCAAUGCGCCUCUGUCUUCCUUUACAGAGUUCUUCAACUCACCAGCGGUGCCUACAACCCUUACUAUAUCUGCAAUAGAUAUAACAAGGUGUGGUCUGAUACUUUUAUCCAAACCGGUACAAGUUCAAGUGACGCGGGAGUAGCGUUCAACAAAGUAUAGGAUGUACCAGAGCCUGUAUCUACGCUUGUGGCUCCUGGUCGGACCAGGUCAAGUGACCGAGAUCGUGUUAACAUGAUGUUCACAUACCUACUACCCAGGGCACAAAUGAGAGAUAAACAAAUAUCAAAAUUCUCACGUUAAUCUUCUGAAUGUUUCGUAUCCCCUUGAUGUCAACCCGAAACUUCAGAAUGUGACAUCCUCUGAGCGAAGGGAGUGUCCGGCGUGUCGUGCCUACAUG